GAGAAAGAAAAACAAAUCGGCACCAAAUAACUUCUUGUCUAAUAAUUCGUCCAAUUUAACAGAAGUUCUUCUUGCACGGCUUGUUUUAACUGAAAAACAUUGUGCAAAGCAUUACUUCAUCAAUAUGCUGCGCACAUUACGCCUCGUGCAAAGUUUAGGCACCAAGAAGGGCAGCGUUAUAUCAUCACUGACCUACCACCGGCAGGCGAUCUGCUUGCAGCAACAAAACAUCAACAAACCCGCUUUCGGUGGCCUCGUCCGACACUGUUCCACAAACUCUGCACUAGCCAGUACGGAACAACCGGCCACAACCUCGACGGAAAAGGACAACGAGAGCAACGCUACAAACUGGACCACAAUCUACCACUUCCCGUCAAUCAUGCUGACUGCUUCGUUGAAAAGGCUCAAAUUCUAUCCCAUGGUUUGCACCGGCGUUUCCGUUCCCAUAUCGAUCGGACUCGCUUACAUGGACAUUUGGUCGAUGACCACUGCCGAGAUUGUGGGAGCGAUUGGCUUUACCACAUCGCUGACCCUUUCGCUGUUCGGAAUGAUCACCGAUAAUCUGGUCGGGUUCGUGUAUUGUGACGAUCGAUUGAGCAAGGUGAAGAUAUCGUUCCUGGACGCGAAGGGUAAGCGGCAGAACCGCAUCUACUCGGUGGACGAUCUCGUGUCCAGAACGGAGCUGCCCAAAUCUUUUCUGAAGAUGUACUUCCCGGUGAAAAAUCACGAGAACGGCGAUGUGUACAAGCUGGUACAUCAGUAUGGUGAAAUAUACGACGUCCAUGCGUUUAACAAGGUAUUUGGCCAUGAUGUUGUUAGCAAGUGAGCGGUAAGAGAUGGGUAGAAAUGAAUAAAAAAUGGAUUGUUCGUAAAUUAUUUA